AUCACCUCAUUGAAGAAGAAAACGAAAGAAAUAUAAAACGAGAACCAUCUAAUCUCCGUGUCAACUUUACUAAGAGAAAGGGAGAGAGGUAUAUAUAUAUACUAUAAACUUACAAUUAUUAGAGCUUCGAUUCGACCAUGGAGGAUAUUAAGUCAGCGACUCCGGCAACGAAGUCAAAAUUUACGAAAGGAUUCCUGUAUUUUACGACGUCAUUGCAACAAUGUUGCCGCUACAUUAAGGCAUUUUUUGUUGGUCAGGGAAAGAAGAUGACGGCAAGAAGUGAGGAGGAAGCAACACAGGCUGAUAUGUUGAAAGCAAAAAUGGAGGUCGAGGCUGCUGACGCUGCAGAGAAUACGAAGAAGCGACUUGAUAAUUCCAACUGAUUCUCCUAGAAUGUUUGUUUAAUUUCCCAUUAUUGUUAGUAAUAUUUGAUUAGAUAAUUAUGAAGGAGCUCGUGUAUUUAUACGUACGAAUACGUAUGGAUUGUACUUGAACGUGUGCGUUGGUCUUUAUUCCUAACAUGUUCUCUUCUAUCUCUUA